UGGCAUUUCCAUGGGCAGCAGGCUGGGGUGCCGGGGAUGCCGAGUGGGGAUUGCCCAUCUCCCAGGAGUUCCCUGCACGCCCUGAGGCUCCUUGUGCUGCUUUUCCCCCCAGUGAUCAUCGAGAAGGCCGCAGGGGAGGCCGAGGCCGUGGCCUUCGACGGCCGCACCUUCCUGGAGUUCCACAACAGCGUCACCAAGAGCCACCUGAGCAAUGAGAUCCCAGUUCAUGAGGCGCUGGAUUUCCCCUCGGAGGCCAGGUGAGUGUGCCAGGCUGUGCCUGUCCCCCGUGCCAGGCUGUGCCAGUGCCCUGUGCCAGUGCCCUGUGCCAGGCUGUGCCUGGCCCGUGCUCUGCCCGUGCCUCUGCAUGUCCCCUUGUCCCUGUGUGUGUCCUCCCUGUCCCUGUCCCUGUCCCUGUUGC